GGGGGAGGAAUUUUCUUCCGGGGUGCGGCCCGCUCGGGGGGUUUCGCUUCCGGGACGGUGUUCCGGCCCGUUCCCACCCCCGGGAGCUGGGUUGUACACCUACAACUGGGGCAGCCAUGGAGAAAAGUGGAAACAUUCAGCUGGAGAUCCCUGACUUCAGCAACUCUGUCCUGAGCCACCUCAACCAGCUGCGCAUGCAGGGCCGCCUGUGUGACAUAGUGGUCAAUGUGCAAGGACAGGCUUUCCGUGCUCACAAAGUGGUGCUGGCUGCUAGCUCGCCCUACUUCCGUGACCAUAUGUCAUUGAACGAGAUGAGCACGGUCUCCAUUUCAGUCAUCAAGAACCCUACUGUUUUUGAGCAGCUCCUUUCCUUUUGUUAUACUGGGCGGAUAUGCCUGCAGUUGGCUGACAUCAUCAGUUACCUAACGGCAGCCAGCUUCCUGCAGAUGCAGCACAUUAUAGACAAAUGCACGCAGAUCCUUGAGGGAAUUCACUUCAAAAUUAACGUGGCAGAGGUUGAAGCUGAACCGAGCCAGACUAGGACAAAGCAUCAGGAGAGACCCCCAGAGUCUCACCGGGUUACCCCAAAUCUAAACCACUCUCUCAGCCCACGUCAUAACACUCCAAAAGGGAGUCGUCUAGGCCAGGUCAGCACUGUGCUGGACAUUCGGGAGCUGAGCCCCCCUGAGGAAUCCACCAGCCCUCAGAUAAUUGAGCAGAGUUCAGACGUGGAGAGCAGGGAGCCCAUACUGCGGAUUAACAGAGCAGGACAGUGGUAUGUUGAGACAGGAGUGGCAGACCGUGGGGGACGGAACGACGAUGAUGUUAGGGUGCUUGGAGGAGUGCGCAUUAAAACAGAGAACCUGGAGGAGUGGCUGGGAACGGAGAAUCAGCCAUCGGGAGAAGAUGGGAGCAGCGCUGAGGAGGUCACGACCAUGGUAAUUGACACAACAGGCCACGGAUCGAUGGGCCAGGAGACUUACACAUUAGGGUCAUCAGGAGCCAAAGUGGUUAGGCCAACCAGCAGUGAGAUUGACAGAUUUAGUCCUUCUGGCAGCAUGGUUACUGUAACUGAGCGUUACAGAUCGAAAAGUGAGUCUCCCGGGCGGAUGGAUGAGCCUAAGCAGCCCAAUUCCCAGGGAGGAAUAAAGGGAAAAAGCAACAAGAGGCCACUUCAAAACAAAAGAAAGAAUGAAUGACAUUUUGUUCAAAGCUGACCUAUAGAAACGGCAUACAGGGAUCCUUACUUAUCCGAAAUACUAAAUAAGUUCAAGAAGUCAUUCAUGACUCGACUCAAAUCUCAUGGUCUCCUUUAUUAUCCUAUUUUUUUUUAAAUUUUGUUUUAAUUUUUUUUUUGUUAAAUAUACCUCUGCAGGGCACAAUCACAUACAAUCAAUACGAUUGGUAAAUUACACAAGCUCUAUCCCAAGCAUAUAUGCACCAAUGUUAAAAAGUUAUUUUUAAAAAACCAAAACAAAAAAUAAAUUCCACCCAAAAAGGUGAUAAUGACUGCAGAAUGUCUCGGGGAGACCAGUAUGAGCCUAAGAAACCAAAGAAAACUAGGCUUACAAAUAAAAGUAUUUCUGUAGAGAAAUCCCACAACUGGAAACAGUUAGGUGGCUUCUAAAGUGGGAAUGCAUGUGGUUGUGUGUGUUCUGUCCCUUAACUGUCAUAAUCCUCCCCACCACACACACCUAACACCCACUUCCCCACAGAAUGGAACAAAAUGGGGACAGAGCUCUUCACAUUACUAUCACCGGUUAUCAAAAGCAGAAAAAAAUAAAAUAAACCAAGCUACAGAGUAGCUGAUAAGCUGACCUUCAAGGAAAGCUCCUCUUAGCAAAGAGGCUGCUUACCUGGCAAGCAGAAGCCACAGGGAAGGCAGAAAUUCCUUACACUAGGAAAGCUAAGAGUCUCACAUUAUUGGCUAUUUUGUCCACAUUGCAGCUGCCCACUUAGGAGAAGCUGCAAAGGAAUGGCAUAAAAAUUAUUACCAAUGGAUCGGCUAUGUUGUUUGGGGGGUUAUUUCUCCUCUCCUGACUCGAGCAGUUUUCUGCAUGCAGAGAAAACUUCUGCCACCUCUAAUAAAAGCUAGAAAGGAGCUCACUGCAUAGGUCCAGUUGUGGGAUCUAUCCAGUACACAAUCCGGUUUGGAUGCCAAAGACUUGUGAGUAUUAUCUGCCACAAAUUAACAACAGCUUUAAUGUUACAGAGAAGCAAAUGAUUUUUAGUUUAUACCAUAAACAUCAAAUACACCACAGGAUUUUGUUUUUUAGUUACAGAUACAUAUACAUAUUUCAGUAUAUCUAAUACUUUCUCUUUUCAUGGACUGCAUCUCCCUUUGGUUGUACUUUCCCCAAGACAAAACUUUUUUUUCUAUUUUUAAGUUGAUACUGCUGUGUUUUCCUUUUGGCUAAAAAACUUUCAGAACCAGGAGGAACUGGUGAAACGUACGUAACUCCAGAUCUAUUGGGCAAAAGCGUCCAGGAUCUAGUGGCUGGAGCUCAACACCUGAAUGGAAUAUGUCUGAUUUUCAGAGGGGCUGAGCAUCUGCAGCUCCUGCUGGACUUAGAGGUUAACUCUGUGGAAGCUGCAGGGGCUCACUAGCACUGAAGCUCAGACCACUUAUUCAGGUGGCUAAACUGUCAACGUCCAAGUUGGGACAUUUUGGCCACAGUGUUACAAAGUUCCACCUGCACUGGGAGGCUGUUGGCUGUUGAGGAGGAAGUCCAGUGUACACAGAAGAAGAGCCAAGUUCUUCAUGCACUCCUUCAUUAGAAGAUGUCAAAGAAAGCUCCACUCUCUCUGCUUAUAGUGUUCAGAGUUCCCAUGGCAUGAAACAGCUCUCACCACUUAUUCAAUCAUUUUAAAUGACAUUACAUGCUCCUUUCCCCUCCAAUUAGGGUCUCAUCUACAUCACAACAAUCAACUGCUUCCAAGGAUGACGCAUAAUCAGAGACACAGUUAACACCUGUUUUUUAAUAUGAUGUAGAACCUGUGUCAGGAGACUCUGUUGGAAUAAGGUCCCCAGACCAGUUGACUUGACAUGUAACUGAACUGGCACUUAAGCCUCUUCCCAGUAUCUGCCAUUUUGUCAGAAAGCAAGUAGUUGAUGGUAUCAGUAUUUAAUUUUUAUAUUUCAUAUUAAAGUUACGGUGAGAGAAAAUCAGUUUCAAUGUCAUAUGAACAAUCUUGGCCAUGUACUCACAUACUGCAAAGGACACAAAUGUCACUUCUCAGCACCAAGACUGUGUUUAGAAAGUGGCUCAGAAGUGCUGAUUAAUUUUUAAUAUAAAUUGAGAUUAUAUUUAGCAUGACUGGUCUUUCACCAGGUCAAUGUUUGAAUCACUAUGCUGAACAAGACAGGGGAAGCAUUUUAGUACGUUAAAGGGAUGUAUAAUCUCGUGGACAGUAGCAUCAAUCACUGUCAAUACUGCCAAUAUUUGGAGGUGGGGCAGAAAGUGUACAUGUUUUAGAGACAAGGGGAGGAGAAGAGAAUCAAUAUAAUGGAUGGUUAUGGAGGUGAAGUCAUGCCAGUUAUUCUGCCUGCUCAUUUGUACAAACUACUCUAUGUACUACUUCACAUUCAAACAGCUUUUGCACAGAUUUGUUUUCCCUUUGUUAAACAGAGGCAGCUAGCGGGCAACACUGCUACUCAAUGCUCUCAUUUUUAGCACUGAAUUUCUUGGGCUUUCUUCUUAAAGUUUAAGUCAAUUUUUGACUUAAGAUAGCUUCUUGACAAAGUGCUCCCUCUUCAAAAAGCUGCUCUGAGGAUUGGUACUUAUCACUGACCUGUGGCUGUCAGAAUAUUUUUAAAAGCUCCACACUUUUGUGAAUGGAAACAGCAAGAAGCUGAGGGUUUUCUGAUUACUUUUACUGUUUAGGUAUUCCCCUCUGAAUUUCAAAAGCAUAAAUUGGCAAGAGAUUUCAGUGAGCCCAUUGAAAGUAGUAAAACAAACAAAAAACCCCCAGCUUUACUGUAUAUCAAACUCAAAAGCCCAAUUCUACUUCUUUGCAGUUCAGUGAGUUUGUCACAGAUAUUAAAUGCUUAUUAUCAGGAGGCAACCAUGUCCUUGCAUGAAGUAUUUGUACUGUAUUUGAUUUAAAGCAAUGGUACAGCUUGACAGGAGUCAUGUCAGUCUCACUGGACUUCCUUAGAAGUCAGCAAAGAUUCACAUUUGCAGCAAACUAGUUUUGAGAAAUUUUAAUUUUAAAUCAGCAAAAUCCAACAGGAAUAAGGAAUAAUUUUUAUAAACAUGGCUUUUUAAACUAUGUAAACUUCUAAGUGCCUUCUCUGCUACCUGUAAAUUAGCUGAGAGUGUGCAUGGGAGUGGAUGAAAGAACAAGUAUGAAAGUUAGACUCCAAAAUAUAUUAGGUGCUUAAACACACCAUUUUCAAAUUGUGUAACUAGAUGAACUGAAGCCACCAUUUAACAUAUGUUUAAGGCUUGACAAUCAUUAACUGUGCAAACUGCUACCAGGAGAAUACAGUCAACUCACAAAAUUCUACAAAGAUUGACUACCAAAAUGGCUAUCCUGGGGGG